AUGUAUCGGCGGGGAACGGGGAAGACCGACAAGCCUCUGAAGAAGGAUGUUAGCGACAGCGACAAAUACGCCGACCUCUUGGUCUUUGGCUAUGCUUGCAAACUCUUUCGGGACGAUGAAAGGGCUCUGUACCACGACCAAGGAAAACAUCUUAUCCCAUGGAUGGGGGACAAGAGCAUCAUGAUUGAUAGAUAUGAUGGCCGUGGUCAUUUACACGACCUCUCAGAGUAUGACAGCGGGUCAUGGAACACCUCUUAUCAGCUGUCCGAGGAAGAGGCCAGGAUUGAAGCGUUAUGUGAUGAGGAGCGGUACCUGGCCCUUCACGCGGACCUGCUAGAAGAGGAGGCUAGACAAGAGGAGGAGUAUAAGCGCCUGAGCGAAGCAUUGGCAGAUGAAGGAACCUACAAUUCGGUGGGCUUCAAAUACAGCGCUGACUACUAUGACCCCUCCCAGCCCACAGAGGAGGAAGAUGCCAACAGGGCAGCGGAAGAAGCUGAGGCAGAAGAGGGUGAAGAACCAUUUGUUGCACCCCCAGGACUGGACAUCCCUCCUGACGUGGAACUACCUGCAACUGUCAAGACCCACGCCAUCAUUGAGAGGACGGCAAACUUUGUGUGUCAGCAGGGCGCACAGUUUGAAAUCGUGCUGAAAGCCAAGCAGGCCAAUAACUCCCAGUUUGACUUCCUCCGCUUUGACCAUUACCUCAACCCCUAUUACAAGCACAUCCUGCGGGCCAUGAAGGAAGGUCGAUAUAACCUCCCCUCCGCUAAACAGUCCGACCAACCAGAAGAUUCCAAUUCAGAGGACUCUGAUGAUGAUGGUGAUGGUAGUUACCUUCAUCCCAGCCUAUUUGCCCCCAAGAGAGAGCCUUCUCGUCUGCAGGAGCUCAUCAAGCCAUUGCAAGUGAUGGACCCAGACCACCCACUUGCCGCCCUUGUUCGGAAGGCAAAGCAGGAACAAAAUGGGACCGCAGCAGAGGAGCCCAAACCUGAGGAAGUCGUGGAGACGGCACCAGCUGCCCCACCUACCCAGUACAGUUCAGAGCCGGUGUACUAUGGCUACUACAUGCUUCCGGAUGGUACGUUCUGUUUAGCUCCGCCUCCACCAGGCAUUGAUGCCGCAGCCUAUUACAGCAACAUGCCGACCCCCGCCCUGCCUCCGCCCUGCACCCCUGCCCUGCCUCAUAUGAACCCCAGCCCAGCGCAGACCCUAACCCCUCCCGGAGUGAGCCCUGUGCAGAUCCCACCAACUGUUACUCCACCGGCCAGUCUACAAGAACCCAGUUCAAAACUUGAAGGUUCGUUGUCCACUCCAGCCAUCACCCCCCCGCCCCCAGACACUCAGCCUGUUAUAGACAAACUGGCCGAGUACGUUGCCAGAAACGGAUUGAAGUUUGAGUCAAGCGUUCGAGCCAAGAAUGAUCCGCGGUUUGAUUUUCUGCUGCCUUGGCAUCAGUACAACACCUACUACGAGUUCAAGAAGAAAUACUUCAUGCAGAAAGAAGGGAAAAACCUACCAGAGACGAGCCCAGAAGACGCCAGCGAUAAGCUUCAGGCAGACGAGUCCCUUCAGGAUUCUAAGAUGAACAAAGCCUCGUUUGCACCCAUCAGCUUUGCAAUCAAAGUCAAAGAAAAUGACAUGCUUCUUUUGGAGAAAAACAGAGUGCGGCUUGACGAUGACUCCGAUGAAGAAAAGUUGGAAACGGAAGAAGACGUUUCAGAAGUCGCAAUUGCUGUACCAGAGCUGAUACAGAGGGAAGUGCUUCCUCCUAUUGCACUGGAAGAAAAGAAGCCCACUUUGAGUUUAGAAGAGCUUGAGGCUAAACAAGCCAAGCACAAACUGGAGGACCGUCUGGCUGCAGCCGCCAGAGAGAAACUGGCCCAGGCAUCCAAAGAGUCUAAGGAGAAGCAACUCCAGGCAGAGCGGAAGAGGAAGGCAGCACUCUUCCUUCAGACUCUGAGAGGACCAGAGACUGGAGAGCCAGAGGCCAAGAGAGCUGAACUAGAUGCAGUUGCACAAUAUGAGAUGCAAGAAGCUCUCAGCGCUCUGUCAGACCUGUCUUCAGUGGCUCCGGUUUACGUCCUAGAUCAGAGGCCCCCCACCUCGCGCCGCCGCAACAGAGAUGAGCCAGCGUUCUCUUCUCACUCCAGAGACAGGGAGCGCAACAAAGGAAAGAAGAAAAAGAAACACAAAAAAAGGUCCAGAUCACGGUCUCGCUCCAACUCCAGAUCUAGGUCUCACUCCAAGUCCAAACACUCUCUCCCCAGUGCCUACAGGAGAGGGCACAGGUCCAGAUCGCGGUCAUACUCCCCGGGGAGGAGGAGCCGGAGGGGGGCGUCAUCAGAGCGAAGGUAUGAGGAGCGAGAUCACCAGCACCAUCACCGCAGCAGCAGCUCAGCUCCGCGGGGCCUCUCAGAGUCUAGAUCUCCGUCUGAAAAAAGCAGCAGUACUUUAUUAGGCCUUGUCCAAGCUGCUGGGUCAUCGCUGUCGCCGUACGCUUCCCCUAGAGGAGCAUCACCAGCCUCCAGCCUGGGAAACUCUAGGGACGGCUCGCAGGAGAAAGACAAGCCUGUGCCCUCCACCGCAGUAUCGUCCGUGCAGUCCAAAAUAACUCAGGACCUGAUGGCCAAAGUGCGAGCUAUGUUAGCCACCUCAAAGACCUUCCAGCCUCCAUCCUCCUGA